GGUCUGGCUGCAGCCAAUCAGAGCUCAUCAGCAGCUUUUAAAGUCAGACAAGCCGUGCUCGUGGUGAGAUAGAUGUGGUUAGCAGAGGCAGGGCUGUGUGCUGGUUGGGGUUCCUCUUCCUGGUUUGUGUUUUUCUCUCUGACUGACGGUGUGUUGCUUCAGUUGAAAGAUGGCAGUCCCUUUUCUCUCCAUCCUCGCCCUCGCCGUUGCCGUGGUUCACUGCUAUCCUGCCGCCUUCCAGGAGCUCCAGCCGAGCAGCAGAAACAGAAGCUCCAUCCGGUUCCUGGCGGUGGGGGACUGGGGCGGCGUGCCGUACCCGCCGUACGUCACGCCUGUGCAGAAGACCACGGCUCGGGAGAUGAGUAAAGUGGCAGAGCAGAUGGGCGCCGACUUUGUUCUGGCCCUCGGCGAUAACUUCUACUUCAAAGGUGUGAACAGCGUGGACUCUCCUCGCUUCCAGGAAACCUUCGAGUCCGUCUACACCGCCAAGUCCCUCAGAGUCCCCUGGUACGUUCUUGCUGGUAACCAUGACCAUGCGGGGAACGUGAAGGCCCAGAUUGAGUACUCCCAGAGGUCUGAUAGAUGGAAGUUCCCCUCGUAUUACUACGAGCUGGACUUUCGCAUUCCCAACACGGGGAAGACUCUGAGCAUCAUCAUGCUGGACACCGUGAUGCUGUGUGGAAACUCUCUGGAUUACGAGGACGAGAAGCCCCGAGGGCCCGUGUUGGAGGUGGAGGCCAAUCGCCAGCUGGUCUGGCUGCAGGAGCGGCUGGCGCGCUCCAAGGCGGACUUCCUGUUGGUGGCGGGCCACUAUCCGGUGUGGUCCAUCUCUGAGCACGGCCCCACAGAGUGUCUGCUGCAGGGGGUCCGUCCUCUGCUCGUCCAGCACAACGUCACUGCUUACUUCUGCGGCCACGACCACAACCUGCAGUACCUGGAGGAGCUCGGUGUGGGAUAUGUGGUGAGCGGCGCCGGGAAUUUCCUUGAUCCUGACGUCCGUCACAAGGACCACGUUCCCGCGGGUUCUCUGAAGUUCUUCACGGGCCAGGCUUCGACGCUUGGAGGCUUCGUCCAUGCAGAGGUCACAAAUGACAAGAUGAUCCUGACCUACUUCCAGGCCAAAGGCACCUCCUUGUUCCAGACUGUUCUCUCCCGGAGGCAGUUUAAAUAGACCGGCCGUCGGUGAGAAGCUGGAAAAAUCUGCAGGGUAGAUUAAGAGAAGGUAAAGUCUUGGCUUUUAAAGAUGCCUUUCAGCUUCAUGUAUAAUAACUGUUUUAAAAGAAUUCAAUUUUAAAUUUGGCCUAGUUGUAAAAUAAAUGCUAUAUUUCAGUUUGAGUCAUGUGACUCCUCACGCUUGCGGGGGUUUCCUCGUGAGGAAAAUUCAGGUGUUCUCUGCAGAUCUCCUCUUUUACCUGUAGAAAUGUGCACGUUUGCAUGAAGGGGGCGCUGGGAGCCGGUCGUGCACAUUUGACCUUUUUUUAUGUGAUUCUGUUGCUGAGCUCCGGAUGAAAAGCCGGAUGUGUGCAGAAUGCAGAGAUGGUUUAAUGCUGUGGAGACUUUGAGGGGAAGCAUCAGGUUCUGGUCUCAUGUGAAUCUGGAACCGUGUACUGCUCUUACCUUUAAAACAUAAACUUUGAGUAAAACCCGUGAAAACUGAUCUGUAAUCACUGAUUCAUGUGCAAUAAAUGUGUUCAGAAAAAUUGAAA